AAAGCUGCACAGCAGCGCAUCCAGAGGACGAAGCCAUCGCAGAGGGAGACAUUCCCGGCCUGCAGCACUAAGCGGCCUGACGGUGUACUAAAGCUGGACGCUGCAGGCGAGAUUUCUUUUAUUCGGAGAUUUAUGGUGCUAAUCCAGUAUGGAAAAACAGAGGAGUCAACAUCCAUCUUAUGAAAGAAAUGUUUGUAGAAUCCCAGGGUGUUGAGUGAACCCACUGAUGGCCACAUGGAGACCAAUUUUCUUGGUGUCUGGCUAGUUUUACUUGUACAUACAGGUUUUAAAAAAUGAUGCCAUCAGUACAUGGACAAAAUCAUUUCAUAAUGGAAAAGCAGAAGUCUGGGAAUAGCGCUUCUUCAGCGCAGUCGGGUGGAGAAAUUAACUUCAUCUGCACUGAAUGUGGUGAUGGGUUCAGUCAGUACCCCAAUGUGUUGGCUCACAUGGCUAUUCAUGGACCUUUGGAGUCAUUUUCCUUUGAUGGCUCAUCGAAUGGAUUUGAAGUACCUCGAGAAUAUGUGCUACAAGAAAAUGGGACACUGACAGUUUUGAAUGGAUUGAUGCAGUCACAUUCUUCUGCGAAGCCAGUAUCUCCUGGAGUUUUGCCAUCACAUUCGCAUUUACCAUCCUCUGUACGACCAGUAUCUCCAAACUUAAAACCACAGCCUCCUCCAUACAAAGAGGUAUUCAAGCCAAGGCCCUCAGACGUGAACUUGGACAAGUCUCGCCAGGGCCAUUAUCGCUGUGAAAUAUGUAACAGAUCAUUUAACAGCUUGCAGAGUUUACAUCGUCACCAGCAGUAUCGAAACACAGAACGAGGAUAUAAGUGUACUUUGUGUUGCAAGAUCUUUGAAGAUAGGCAAGACCUUAAGAGACACCUCCAAGACCACUUAAAUGAAAGGUUUCACUGCUGUGGUCUCUGUGGUAAGCGAUUCCUGAAAGCAGAUGCACUGAAUGCUCACCAAAAAGAAAAUCAUCCCAAUCCCAAAGGUACAGCUUUGGGUAAAUCUGAGAAUAAGCAGGAAAAAAAGCUUGAGAAAACAUACCCUUGUAAGAAGUGCAAACUAAAUUUUUUCUGGAUGUCAGAUUUUCAAACACAUUCCCUCUAUCAUUGCACAGGGAAAGAACCUGAUUCUUUAUUUGCAUCUGAAAUUGAAAUUGAAGUAAAUUCUAAGAACCUAAAUGAUGUGCAGCUUGAAAACUGCCACAGCAAUGGUGCAUCUAUUGAUAUGCAGAAUGGGGAGAGUAAAAUCUUUAGGCAUAGUAGCAAUGACAAUAAUGAAUACUCUUUCACGCCAUAUAGAUGCGGUUUAUGCGGGGAUCGUUUCCAGAAAUUAGCAGCUUUAAAGGAGCAUCAUCUCACACAUCAAACUCAGGAGGAAAUAGAUCAGAUGAAUCAAGAAUCCCAAAAACCUUUGAAGCAAAGGGUGCAACCUAAAGCCAGACGUAGAAGAGGGGGUAAUCCAAAUGGAAAGCUCCAUCCAUGCAAGCACUGUCAUCGUGUCUUUAAUCAUUCUAGUAGUUUAUCCCGGCAUAUGAGAUACCAUAAAGGUACAAUGCACACAUGUGUAUUUUGUGGUAGGCAUUUUCCUCAACGCUGUGAUUUAAGGAGACAUGUAGUCAUGUACCACAAAGCUGAAUUGGAUAAGAAACCAGGUUUAAAACAUUUGUAUACAAAUCCACCAAAAGGUCCUCCUUACACUUCUCUUAGUAAUAGUGAGAAAAACACAAGCCCUCCUAAUGAGAACUCCAAGAGCUCCUCUGACACUGAACCAGUAACAUCACCAGAGCAGAAUCAGAAGGAUAAGCAAUCAGGAAAAGCAGGUCGAGUUAACUAUAAGUGUCAGGAAUGUGGAAAGAGAUUUGGGCUGUUGUGUGUGUACCAACGGCACUUGCGCUACCACAAAAAAGAACCGACCAAGUGUCCCCGGUGUCCAGCUCAAUUUAGGAAUUCUUCAUCCCUUGAGCUUCAUCUUCAGAAUCAUCCAAGCACUGAGGAAGCAGAUAAUGCUGGACAAACAUCUCAUGGCACUGGUACCAGUGGGGAUGCUGUUUUGGAAAAGGGUAAUGCAGAGGAGAUAGAGGAUGACUAUAUGGACCAUACUCAAAAUGAUAAAGGAAGUUCUUCAGAGGCUGUCUACGAAUGCACAGAGUGCACUGAGACAUUCUCAUGCUUGGAGACGUUUCUUCAGCACCAGACUUCUCAUGGCUCAGAAAACAAUGGGUAACUAUCCUGUCAGACGCAUUAGUCAUUAUUCCUGAGAACAAUUAAGCUCUACAGAGUUAAGUAUUUUUGACUCUUAAAUGCAUCUGAUUGGAUAACUUUUAAAUUUAUGGACUGUAAAGUUUGUUUGUGUUGGUCAUUUUGCAUACAUACAUUUAUACAAUUUUCCUUUGACAUGAUGAGAAAAGUAUGGUGAAUUUCAGAGAUAAAUGGGAACUUGUUAAUAAGCGUGGGUUGGGAGUAUACCAAAUCACUUCUGAAUUAAAUUCCUUUUGAAAAUGGGUUACAAAUGCAGUGUUUGCCCGUUAUGGCUAGAAUGCACAUUUAAAUCCAUUAUUCUCUCACAAAGUGUUGUUGAAAGUAUGUUGUUUGGUCCAUUGUAAGUUUAGUGGCUACCCACGCUGCCAUUGUAAGUCAUAUUGCUGCAUUCUUCAUUGUUUUACUUGCAAAUAUGUGAUUUUUUUAAAAUGAUAUUUUAACCUGUUAUAUGGAUGCAUUUUCAUUUUGAAAGUAUAGCAUUGUCAUCUAGUACGGCGAUUGUGCCAAUAAAGUUGUACAGAGAAAUGACUCCAUGUGCCAUCAGU